AUUGUUAUAUAUUUUUACAGUAAUAAGAUAUACAGAAUAAAUCUUGAACGUGGUCAAUUUUUGCAACCAUUUGAAACAGAAGCAACAUCGAUAAAUAAAUGCGAGAUAAAUCCAUUGCAUCAUUUACUUACGGUUGGCACUCAGGAAGGAAAAAUUGAAGCUUGGGAUCCAAGAGUAAGGAAUAGAGUUGGCAUACUCGAUUGCGCUCUGCAUUGUAUUACUCAAGACAAAUUGGAAACUGUUCCUGCAAUUACUGCCUUGAAAUUUCAAGGGGGAUUGCAUUUAGGAGUUGGCACAUCAACAGGACAUGUAUUAAUGUAUGAUAUAAGAUCCAAUAAACCAUUUUUAACUAAAGAUCAUAUGUAUGGAUUACCAAUAACAUGCAUAGAUUUCCACCAAAAGAUGAAUCUUGUUUACUCUAUGGACAGUUCGAUUGUAAAAAUAUGGGAGAAAGAUACCGGUAAACUUUAUACUUCCAUAGAGGCUCAGCAUGACUUUAAUGAUUUGUCUGUCAUACCAAAUAGCGGUAUGCUGCUAACAGCUAAUGAAACUACAAAAAUGCAAGUAUAUUAUAUUCCUAGUCUUGGUCCCGCUCCUCGCUGGUGUAGUUUCCUUGAUAAUCUUACAGAGGAAUUGGAGGAACAAAAUUAUGAUAUCAUCUAUGAUGAUUACAAAUUUGUAACUGAUAAGGAACUGGACGAAUUAGGUCUUGCACAUUUGAAGGGUACUAAUCUACUCAGGGCUUAUAUGCACGGCUACUUUAUGGACAUCCGUUUGUAUAGGAAAGCAAGGGAUGUAAUGAAACCAUUUGAAUUUGAAGAAUACAAAAAAAGAAGAAUUCGUGACAAAAUUAAAGAGGAAGCCAUCAGCAGAGUACAGAUACAAAAGUUACCAAGUGUAAAUCAGGAAUUAGCAUUGAAAUUGAUGGAAAAUGCAAAUGUUAGUGACAAGAAGAAGCAAGCGUCUUCUAAUCUGUUGAAAGACGAGCGAUUUAAAGCUCUCUUUAGCAAUCCUGAUUUCCAAGUCGAUAAAAACUCCGAGGAAUAUAAUUUAUUGAAUCCUGUUAUUUCUCACCUUGCUAAAAGUAAAGAUAAAAAAUUGAAACGACAAUUGGCACGAGAAGAAGAAGAGGAAGAAGAAACUCAAAAUAAAUCUGACGAGGAUGAACCAAAAGAUAAAACAAAAAAAAUUCCAAGCAACAACUCGAAUGAAAUUAGACAUGAAGUGAGGUUUGAGGAAGGCGGACUGGAAAAGAAAAAACCGAACAAAUCCACGUUUGGCGAGAGAUUAGCAAAUGAAGAGACACACAAUAUUAAAGUGUCCGGUUCGCGUGGUAGCAGGGAGAUGACUUUUGUCAUCGAAAAGAAGAAACAACGACCAGAAGUAAAACGCCGUAGAACAGAAUACAAUGUGUUGCGGCCAGCAAGAAGCAUUUUAAGGAAAAAACGUUAAUUUUCACGUUUAAUAAGUGUUAAUAUGUAAAAAUUUAAUGUUAGUUUAUUAAUAUCUUUGUAUUAUAAUGUUGUAAAUAUAAAAAUUUUUAUUCAUUUUUA